GUUAUUGCCGGAGGGAGGGAAGGAAAGGCGAGCAGAGGCAAAGUUCACUGUCCUGUGAACCCCGAGGAAACCGAGGCUAACCGGAGGAAGCCCGAGACAGUGUGACCCAACCCCCAAAGGGUCUUUGCUGCCUAAGCCUCAAGGGGCUUACCGUCCUCCAGUCUCAUCACGGGGGGGCGAUGGACACGGGAUCCGCCCCGACCGGGCCAUCGGCCGGCGCCACCGGGACCCCGGAGCUGCUGGGCCCCCUGUCGGUGUUGUAUGCCGCCCUGCUGGCCAAGCUGCUGGAGUUAGUUGCUACGUUGCCUGAGGAUAUUCGACCUGGUCCUGAUUUUCAUGGAAUGCCCUGGGAGCCUAUAAUUAUUACAGCCUUAUUGGGAAUUGCUUCAUUUGCCAUUUUCUUCUGGAGAACUUUCCUUUCAGUAAAGAGCAGAGUUUAUCAAGUGACUGAAAAACAACUUGCCGAGAAGAUUAAAACUCUGUUACAAGAAAAGACAGAAAUUUUAGAAAAGAUGUCAGAAUAUGAUCAGAAGAUCAAAAAAGCAAAGGAAUCAGUAAAGGAAACCAAGAAACAAAACAUCAAUCUUUCUGAUGAAGCAGCUGACCUUAAGGAUAAAAUCAAAGGACUUGAAGAAACAAACCAAAAACUUGAUGACAAAGUGAAAAAUCUUCGUUCAUUGUUGGAAACUGAGAAGGAACAGAAUGUAAAAAAACAAGACAUGAUCUUGGAGACUCAAAAAUCAAUAGAAAAGCUACAAGAAGUUAUUACAAUGCAUUCUGUUGAACUUUCAGAGGUACAGAUAGCUCUUAAUGAAGCUAAGCUCAGUGAAGAGAAAGUGAAGUCUGAACUACAUCAUGUACAAGAAGAAAAUGCUCGACUCAAGAAGAGAAAGGAGCAGCUGCUACAGGAAGCAGAAGGUUGGAGUGAGCGACACACUGAACUUAGUGAGCAAAUCAAAUUAUAUCAGAAGACUCAGAAAGAUACAGAAGAAGCUCUUGCUUACAAAGAGAAUGAAAUUGAAGUUUUGACUAAUUGCAUUAUGCAACUGAAACAACUUGAUCUUGAUUCUGAAUCUGAAAUAAAAAAUAAUGAAGAAGGAAAUGGAUGGGAUGACUUAGCCAAUGGAGAACUAUCAGAUAAAAUCACCUCAGAUAACCGCACCGAGAAGAUGAAAAGCCAGAUUAAACAGAUGAUGGAUGUGUCACGGGUUAAAACUACAUUAACAAUAGUUGAAGAAGAUAGAAAUCAUUUACAAUCCAAACUAAAUGAUGAAAUAAAAGCUCGUCAUGAAUUGGAAGAACAAAUUAAGAAAUUGGAACAUGACUCCUCUUCCCUGCAGUCAGCCAAAGCACAAUUAGAAAAUGAAUGUAAGACCCUGCAACAAAAAGUAGAGAUUCUCAAUGAACUCUAUCAGCAGAAAGAGAUGGCUCUGCAGAAGAAGCUCACUCAGGAAGAGUAUGAAAGGCAAGAAAAGGAGCAGAAGCUAACAGCUGCAGAUGAGAAAGUCAGCUUGGUUGCAGAAGAAGUGAAAACUUAUAAGCAAAGGAUUCAGGAAAUGGAGGAUGAAUUACAGAAAACAGAAAGGUCAUAUAAGAAUCAGAUUGCUAGUCAUGAGAAGAAGGCCCAUGACAACUGGCUCAUUGCUCGUGCUGCAGAAAGGGCUCUUGCAGAGGAGAAGAGGGAAGCGGCCAACCUGAGGCAGAAAUUAAUAGAAGUGAAUCAAAAAAUCGCUAUGCUCCAAAGGCCAAUGAUUGUAAAGCCAACUCCAGGAAGACCUGAUCAUCAGAUCCCCCCACGGAGAGGACCCCUGAGCCGAGAUGGCUCUUUUGGUCCAUCCCCUGUGAGUGGUGGUGCACCCUCCCCCCCACUGAUGAUGGAACCACCUAUCCGGUCUCUCUCUGCUACUCUUAACCGAAGAGAUGUUCCUAGAAGUGAAUUUGGACCUAUGGAUGGGCCUGGUUUGAGGCGAUCAUCUGAAGUAUCUGGAAGAACAUCUGCCUCUGAUAUAGGCCCUGGUCCAGUUCCUUUGAUGAACAGUGGCCCAAGAAGCUCUUCUCCCUCAACAGUCAUGGAUGGCAUGCAAACCCUUCCCCCAGAGGCUGAAGGCCCCUGUGCUCCUACUGUUCCACCGUCAGCUGAGAAAUCAAUUCCAGUUAAUCCCGGUCCCAAAGGCCACCCACCAUUUCCAGGAAUGCCCCUCAUGUCACCAAUAGGACCUCCACCACCACCUCUUCGAUUUGGACCACCUCCUGUACUCCGAGGACCUUAUGGACCUCGACCUCUUCCUCCACCUCUUGGUGGACCUCCACCUCCAACCUUUCGGGAAUACUUACAUGGCCUUCCUCCAGGAAUAAGGGAUCUACCUCCUGACCCUCGAGAGUAUGUACGUGGACACCCACCUUUUGGACCUCUAGGCCCUCCUGGCCCAAGAGAGUACCUUCCUCCUGGCCCACGAUUACCACCUCCAGCCCAUGGUCCUAGGGACUAUCCACCUCCAGUUUUUACAAGAGACUUGGCAUCUUCAGGUUCUAGAGACUAUCCUUCAUCUCAUCCAUCUCAUGCUUCUCAAGGAAGUACACAGGACUAUGCACAGGCUUCAGAACAGAGCCCUUAACUUUAGCCUUCAUACUGAGAGAACGGAUUGUUGGAACACUUCAUACAGGUAAAAGACUUCAGUGGCUUCAAAAUAAAUUUUAAUUUCAUGAUUAGGUUCAUAUGUAGGUUUGUUUACUUUGUUUUUUGCAGGACUUUUUCCCCCCAUUAAGCUGCCCCUAGCAUCAUUGUGCAUUUAUGAGCCAAACUAUUCAACCUCUCCAUAAUUUGGGAUGCAAAAAUAUAUAUAUUUUUUGCCAUGAAUGAGGACUUUUUAAGCUGUAGCCUUUUGCAGCUCUUUAAAUGUGCAAUACAAAAAUAUACCUGUGUUUUAUUAGUUUUAUGUAGUUUAUGUAAUUGAUGAUUUCUAAUGUCAUAAAUGUAAUCAGAACAUUUCCUGUGGAAAUACUUUAUUAAAAAAAGGUUAAGCGUUAUUCCCACUGCCUCCUUUUCCCUAUUAUUUUGUUAAACUGUGGUUAGUGUAGACCAUUCUGCAGCUUACUUAUAUAUAACUAUUACAAAGGGACUGUGUGGAUAAACUUGAUUAUUUUUAAAAGGAAGACCAGGAACAUAAACAAUCUCCCUUCAAAAUUUACUAAUACAGUAAUAAAAAGUACUGUCCCCCUUCCUGGACUCUUGGGAAGAUGAUUAUUGUAUUAGUGCCAUAUAAACCAUCAUCCAAAGAAUUAUUUCCAAGUUAUUUUUUUGGUUGAAAUGUUGAGAGUAAAUUCUGGUGUUAAGAUUCAAUCCAAUAAUUUGUGGCCUUUUGAAAAAGUGAGGAUCUAGCAGUUAAAGAAUGAUUUAAUAUUGGUUCCAAAGAUGGUGGAUACUUAUCCCCAUUUAAAACCAGUUCUUCAGUGAUUCCUAAUAUUAUCUACUUCAAACAUGCUAAUAACAACCAUCAUUGAAGUAAGAAUAUAAAAAUAAUUUUUGAUAUAACCAGUAAAAUUAUAAAGGAAAAUUCAACUAUCAAAAGUUUUAUUUCAGCUGAAAAAGGCUUUAUUUCCUCCUCCUAUUAUAAUCAAUAUGUUAUAAAACUCCUUUCCUGAACAUCCCUGAAUAAUCAAAAAGAACAGAACCAUGUAUUUAUGGCAAUUUAAAUAUUACUUCCACAGUAAAGUCUGUUAUAUAAAGGGCAUAGAAAUUGUCCUUACAUGGUAAAGACAUUCAGGUGGACAAGGCUUAUCAAUAUUCUUUGAAUUUAUUUGUAUUUUUAUAAAAUUGAAAAUAAAAGAUUUCUUCUGCAAA